ACAGAGGUUCUGGCUGGUUCUACAAAACGGCAGAGUCAAGUGCCUAUCGCUGCUUUCUUCAUUGUUCUGAAGUUCUCCUUUACCACGAGAGUCCUCUUCCGCAUUGGAGUCCAGUUCCACAUCCAGCAGCUUCCUCUUCUACACCCCGAGCAUGACGUGGAGUGGAUUAAACAGACGAAACCAGAGCAUAACUGUUGCUCUUCACCAGCGGGACGCACGAGUGCCAACAUGGACGGGCAGAACUCGACGGUGAGUGGGAGUGUGCUGAUCGUCCACCGCCUCCAGGAUGGGAAGCACCAGUAUGAAGUGGGUCACGUCAACUACAAAAAACCAGGCAACGGCAGACAGUUUGUCAGAGGAGAGCAGCUGAUGCAGAUCAACAGGAUGGACCUGAAGGACAUCACCCCAGAGGAACUGGCCAACAACAUUGCCGAUGGAAACUUGAUGCUGACUGUCCACGGGAGCAAGAGUAAAGAGCCCUUAGAAAGGACCUGCCCGGGGAAGGACGCGCUCCACAUGGUCUCCAGGGACACCAUGCUGCUCAGCUUCAGCAUGGACAUGAUGAGAGCAGGAGACCUGGGGCAGGAGGAGGAUGAAGGGGAAGACGACUCCUGCCACAUGGAGGACGAGGAGAAGGAAGUGCUGGUGGUGUCCAUGAAGAAAACAAGCAUCUCGGUGUUGAGCGGACGAGGAAACGACCACCAGUUCUGUGGAGGCUGUUCUGGCCGUGGCUGCACCGUCCAUGACAUGGUGGUGACGGCCGAGUCCAGCACCGUGACCAUAGUCUCCAGAGGCAACGCCAGCUACCGGCUGGACAAGCAGUCCGAGGCGUCGGUGGAACACGUGGCGACUCACGACUUCCUGAGAAGCCUGUGCGCUCAUCAAAUGGUCUACCUCUCGCCUGACCCAGAAAGGAUGACCAUCUACUACUACAAGAGCAGCGUCCCAGAUAAGCACUUCAGAGGGGUCCCUGUGGUGCUGAAGUUCACCGGCUCCAACUGCUUCCUCCGGUGCUGCAAGGAAGGAGGGACGGUGAGGCUGCAGACAGAGGCGUUCGAGAAGCAGAAGCUGAUGCAGAUCUCCAGGAGCGACGAGGCGAGCAUGUCCUUCGUCUUCUGCAUGAAGUCGAACGGCAUGCGGCAGCUGACCUUCGAGUCGGCGCCCUACCCCGGCUGGUUCAUCAAGAUCGUCGACACGGAGUCUGUGGACGUGGGAACCGUGGACGGCCAGCAGGAGCCGCUGCUCUUCCGCAUCAUCAUCCAGAAAUAAGACCACAACAGCAGUACGUUUGCUUCCCUCUUGAGCGACCAAAUAUCGACUGGACACGACCUCAAUAA